CACGGGUUUGCACAACUCGAAUGGGUGCUGUGGAUACAUCUCGUUAAGCUUAAUCUUUGUACUCCAGUAGAUGCCAUAUCGCCGCCAUGUCAGCUCUCAGACCUUAAAGGUCUGCCUUGAUGUUCUGAUUCUAUAUGAGCAGACACGUGUCGCAUCUGGCGGUGUUGUUCUCGGCCCAGGCAGCCUCAAUUUUGAGUCUAACAAAAUAUAUCUUGGGUGCUCCUUACACAUUUGACCGUCUACAUAUUACACUCUGCUUUACGAUACCUGCAGAUUACGACCAUCGAACAAAGAAUUUGCAAGCAUUCCACGCACACCCUUCAUUUCGAUUGCCCAGGGACGCGGAAGGCGACUCGCGUAAGCCGUGGCGCUGGGAAUUCUUCGCAGUGACGAGUUCUCUCGGCUUAGCUGCUCUCAUGUCUCAUGUCACCAUGUGUGAUGACGGGAUGUGGCAGCUCUAGUCCAUUUCAAAUGCACUGCUGCCACGCCCUGCUAAAAGCCUGCGGUACUUUUUCCAAACAAGACCUCGUGAAGAAUAACAUCCUCCAUCCAUGGUU